AUGGGACUUCACAUUGAUAAUGAAUUCAGUUUGCAACACUUGAUGGGAACCAAAACUUCCAGUUCAAUCUUCGAUAAUGAGGGAAAGAGACAUGAAGCUGUGGAACUUCUUAACAAAGGUGAACUGAAGAACUUGAAAGUUGCAUUUGCGUCCUAUGUGGAAAGAAUCAUCUUCUUUUCCAAAGCAUCAGGUGUAUCAACAAGUGGAAUCGUAUAUAGUGAUUCGAAGGAAAGGACUCAUGAGGCUUUGAUAAGAGAUGAAGGAGAGGUGAUGUUGAGUGCAGGGGCAAUUGGGAGCCCUCCGCUUCUUUUUCUCAAUGGAGUUGGUCCACUUCCUCAUCUUUCGUCACAUAAAGUUUCGGUAGUCAGCGAAAACCUCGAUGUGGGAAAAUUUAUGGCAGAUAAUCCUUGUAAUAGCAUCAACAUUGUAGUCCCAUUUGCAUUUGACCCUUCAGUUGGAUAUGUUGUAGGAAUUACAAAGUUGAGUGUGGCAACUAUUGUUGAGAAGUUCUCCGGACCUCUGUCGAGUAGCUCCCUUCGGUUGGUUUCGUUUAUUGAUGUGAAAGUCAGCCCAACUGUUCGAUUCAACUACUUUGAAGAUCCAGAGGACCUUGCUCGUUGUGUGAGAGGAAUGAGGUUGGUUGGUGAUAUGCUCAAGACUGAUGCCAUGGAAGGGCUCAAGUUCGGAGAUUUAAAGCAUUCUUUGCCAAGAAACCUCUUUGAUGAUGCAUCAAUGGAGACCUUUUGCAGUAGCACGGUGACUACCAUCUGGCAUUACCAUGGUGGAUGUGUGGUGGAAAAGGUGGUUGAUGGUGAUUUGAGGGUGGUGGGUACAAAUUCGCUUCGAGUAGUAGAUGGAUCCAUAUUCAAUACAUCAUCUGGAACCAACCCUCAGGCCACCCUCAUGAUGAUUGGCCGGUACACUGGGCUUAGGAUGUUGCAGGAAAGAGGGGCAGCGAAAUAG